UCUAAUACAAGUAAACAUCAAAGUUGACGAAGCUAACUUCCUCCCGCCAGGAGCGGAAUCAGCCGAUGACGAUGGAGUAUUGACUAAUAGUCUCCGGAUGAUCCGGUAAACAAAAUCUCUCCUCAUUACUUCCAGAAAAACCUCACUGUGACCCCAAUGCAGACACUAACAAAUAGGGCGAGAAUGCCCAUCUUUUAUUGGUCAAUAAUCCCCAGAAUUACCCUGUCCAAUGUGCCAAUCUUCAUGAUCCGUUUAACAAAUUAUCUCUCGUCACAUUAUAGACUACCAUUUUCAGACAUCUUAACCUCGCCCAUUUCUUCAAUUGAAGAUGGAGGCGAAUGCUAUAAUGAUGGAUGGAUCUUACAAGGGGAAUGAGUUGGUGCGACUUCACCACGAUUCCGAUAGUGAGGCCAAGCCCUUGAAAGAACUCAAUGGACAAAUAUGCCAGGUAUGCGGAGAUAGUGUUGGCCAAGAAGCCAAUGGUGAUGUUUUUGUUGCCUGCAGCAAGUGUGCCUUACCAGUUUGCAGGCCUUGUUAUGAAUAUGAAUGCAAAGAUGGAUAUGGUUGCUGUCCUCAGUGCAAGACCAGAUACAAGAGACAUAAAUGGAGUUCUGGAGUUGAUGAAAAUGCUGAAGGGGAUGGAAUCGAUGACCUGGAAAAUGAAUUUAACUAUACACAAGGACUUUGCUUAACUUGGCAUCAAUGUGAUAGAGAGGAUGGUGAUCUAUCGUCAUCUUCUAGAAAUGAAUUUCAACCUAUCCAUCUUCUCACUCACGAGCGUCAUGUGUCAAGUGAAACUGAUAGUGGCACACUUGACAGUCAGUCAAUGGGAUCGAGUUCUGGUUCUUUUGGAUUUGGAAGUGCUGAUUGGAAGGAAAAGGUUGAUGAUUGGAAGUUUAAACCGGAGAAAAACAGUAUGCAAUCGGUCAGCAGAUACUCUGAAUCUGGUGAAGAACUGCAAAUGACUGAUGUUGAUCGUCGACCCAUGAGUCGUGUGGUUCCUAUUUCUUCUAAUCACCUGACUCCUUAUCGUUUAGUCAUCAUCAUCCGGCUAAUUAUAUUGGGCUUCUUUCUUCAAUACCGAUGCACACAUCCAGUGAAGGAUGCAUAUCCAUUGUGGUUGAUUUCAGUUAUCUGUGAAGUUUGGUUUGCAUUAUCCUGGCUUCUUGAUCAAUUCCCUAAAUGGUCACCUGUCAAUCGUAAGACAUAUAUCGAUAGAUUAACAAUGAGGUAUGAUAGGAUUGGGGAGCCAUCACAAUUGGCACCAAUUGAUGUAUUUGUCAGUACUGUAGAUCCACUAAAAGAACCUCCUAUUAUUACUGCUAAUACUGUGUUGUCGAUCCUCUCCGUGGAUUACCCUGUGGAUAAGGUUUCUUGUUAUGUUUCUGAUGAUGGAUCAUCAAUGUUAACAUUUGAAUCUAUCUCAGAAACCGCAGAGUUUGCCAGGAUAUGGGUUCCAUUCUGUAAGAAGCAUGACAUUGAGCCAAGGGCUCCUGAAUUUUAUUUUAAUCAGAAGAUGCUAUUUUAUAAGGAAAUGACAAAACCUUCCUUUGUAAAAGAGUACAGGGCAAUGAAGAGAGAAUAUGAAGAAUUCAAGGUAAGAAUCAAUGCACUUGUAGCAAAAGCUCAAAAUGCACCAGAAGCAGGAUGGAAGAUGCAUGAUGGUAAUCCUUGGCCUGGUAAUAACCAUAGAGAUCAUCCCGGAAUGAUUCAGGUGUUCUUAGGACACACUGGAGGUGUUGAUAUUAACGGAAACGAGCUACCACGACUAGUUUAUGUUUCGCGCGAAAAGCGCCCAGCGUUUCCACAUCACAAGAAAGCUGGAGCUAUGAAUGCUUUGGUCCGGGUUUCUGCUGUGCUGACAAACGGUGCAUUUCUUCUGAACGUCGACUGUGAUCACUACUUCAACAAUAGCAAAUGUCUUAAGGAGGCAAUGUGCUUUAUGAUGGAUCCCGUACUUGGAAAGAAAAUAUGUUUCGUACAGUUCCCUCAAAGAUUUGACGGCAUUGAUUUGCAUGAUCGAUAUGCUAAUCGCAAUAUUGUCUUUUUCGAUAUCAACUUGAAAGGGCUGGACGGCAUACAGGGCCCAGUUUAUGUGGGUACUGGAAGUUGUUUCAACAGACAAGCCUUAUAUGGAUAUGAUCCAGUCUUAACCGAGGAGGAUUUGGAACCCUGUGGCUAUCAAAAUCAGGAUGAUAACAGGAUGGCAAUCCAACUAAGAGACUCAACUGUUCCCAUAUUUAGUUCAGAGGAUGUUUAUGAAGACGAUAUUAUUGAAGGAUAUGUUGAUGAGACAUCACACAUGUAUGAGAAAAAUUUGGAGAAACGGUUUGGACAAUCUUCAGUGUUCAUUGAAGCCACGUUCAUGGAGCAAGGAGGUAUUCCACCACCAGCAGAUCCGGCUAUUCUUCUCAAGGAAGCAAUACAUGUAAUUAGCUGUGGCUACGAGGAGAAGACCCAGUGGGGCAAAGAGAUUGGUUGGAUUUAUGGGUCGGUGACUGAGGAUAUAUUAACGGGUUUCAAAAUGCAUUCAAGAGGAUGGAUAUCAACAUAUUGCAUGCCGACUAGGCCAGCCUUUAAGGGUUCUGCUCCGAUUAAUCUUUCUGAUCGUUUGAACCAAGUCCUUCGAUGGGCUUUGGGAUCUAUCGAGAUUCUUUUGAGUCGGCAUUGUCCAAUAUGGUAUGGUUAUGAUGGGAAACUCAAGUUAUUGCAGAGGUUGGCAUAUAUUAACACAAUUAUAUAUCCCAUAACAUCAAUUCCUCUUAUUGCUUACUGUAUACUGCCAGCUAUCUGUCUUCUCACAGGAAAAUUCAUUGUUCCAGAGAUAAGUAACUAUGCAAGCACAUGGUUCAUCCUCCUAUUUGUUUCCAUAUUUGCCACUGGAAUCCUUGAGCUUAGAUGGAGUGGAGUUAGCAUAGAAGAUUGGUGGAGAAACGAACAAUUCUGGGUGAUUGGUGGAACAUCAGCUCAUCUCUUUGCCGUUUUUCAGGGGAUUAUGAAAGUGGUUGCAGGAAUCAACACUAACUUUACAGUUACUUCAAAGGCUUCAGAGGAAGGUGAUGACUUCGUUGAGCUUUACAUGUUCAAAUGGACUUCUCUUCUUAUACUUCCUACUACCAUCCUCGUAAUGAAUUUGGUUGGCAUUGUGACUGGCAUCUCGUUUGCAGUAACUAGCGGGUAUCCUUCUUGGGGUCCGCUUUUUGGGAAACUUUUAUUCGCUACAUGGGUUAUCUUACAUUUGUAUCCGUUCCUUAAGGGAUUGAUGGGAAGGAAGGGUCGUAUGCCUACUAUGGUCAUUGUUUGGUCUAUACUUAUUUCUUCGAUAUUUUCCCUUCUUUGGGUGAGAAUUGAUCCCUUUUCUUCCAAACUUAUGAAUACUAAAGGUCCAUGUGGAGUUGACUGCUAGAAAUAUAGACAGGUUUCACAGUUUUUUUUAGGGGUGGAAAUGGCUGUUUAGUUUUUUUAAUCUUAUUUUUAUGAUUUUUUAGAACACUUAGGAAAGAGGUUAGAAGUUGCCCACAUUUCGUGGUCUUGUGUAUAAGUUUUUUUUUUCAGAUUGUGAUUAGUGAAACAUUAUUACAUUCUCCUUUUUUUGAAAUAGUUAGUUUUUAUUGCGAUUAUUGUUGA